AGAAUACUUUUUUAGUUGGUUGUUUUGAUCUUGAAACAGAGUUGUUUACUAGUUUUUCUUUUCCACCCCUUGAUGCGAAAUUCCCCGCACCGAUGACGAACUGGACCGCGAUCCUCCCGUCGAAUCUCCUCCCCGACGACGCCAACCCAGAGUGGCUGAGCAAAGGGGACAACGCGUGGCAGCUCACCGCGGCCACCCUCGUUGGCCUGCAGAGCGUCCCGGGCCUGAUCAUCCUCUACGGGGGCGCUGUGAAGAAGAAGUGGGCCGUGAACUCGGCCUUCAUGGCGCUCUACGCCUUCGCCUGCGUGCUCGUGUGCUGGGUCUGCUGGGGCUACCGCCUCUCCUUCGGCGACCAGCUCGUCCCGAUUUGGGGGAAGAUCAAUGUGGCCUUCACUCAGCAAUAUCUGUUUGAGAGGGCCUUCAUGGGGUACUUGCCCAAUGCUACAAUGGUGUAUUUCCAGUUCGUCUUCGCGGCCAUUACCUUGAUCUUGAUCGCUGGCGCGGUGCUCGGGAGGAUGAACUUCUACGCGUGGAUGCUGUUCGUCCCGUUGUGGCUCACCUUCUCCUACACCAUUGGUGCAUACACCAUUUGGUCUCUUAAUGGCUGGCUCUCCUCGGCCGGGAUGAUUGACUACUCCGGUGGCUACGUCAUCCACUUGUCCUCGGGUGUUGCUGGCUUCACUGCUGCGUUUUGGGUCGGCCCUCGCUUGACGAAGGAUAGGGAGAGGUUUCCGCCUAACAAUAUUCUGCUGAUGCUGGCCGGGGCCGGAUUGCUGUGGAUGGGGUGGACGGGAUUCAAUGGAGGUGACCCUUACGCUGCCAGCAUUGACGCGUCUCUGGCUAUUAUCAACACUCAUGUGUGCACGGCUACGAGCUUGUUGACUUGGCUUUUGCUUGAUAUCAUCUUUUUCGGGAAGCCUUCAGUGAUUGGGGCGGUUCAGGGCAUGAUCACCGGCCUUGUCUGCAUCACCCCUGCAGCAGGAGUUGUACAGGGUUGGGCUGCCAUCAUAAUGGGGCUAUGCUCCGGCUCGAUCCCUUGGUUCACGAUGAUGGUUGUGCACAAGAAGUCCGAGCUCCUCCAGAAGGUCGAUGACACCAUGGCCGUAUUCCACACGCAUGCAGUGGCCGGGAGCCUCGGAGGGGUCCUCACCGGCCUCUUUGCCAACCCGAGGCUCUGCUAUCUGUUCUAUGGGAAGUACAACCGAUACGUUGGCCUGUUCUACGGCAUUCAGAUGGGGGCGUACCGCCACGGAUUCAGGCAGAUAGGGCUUCAGCUCGUGGGCGUAGCCUUUGUGGUUGGUGUCAACAUUGUGACAACGAGCUUGAUAUGCAUUGUGGUGAAGCUCAUCGUGCCUCUGAGGAUGACGGAGGAGGAUAUGGAGAUCGGGGACCAGGCAGCGCACGGGGAGGACGCUUAUGCCAUAUGGGGGCAGGGCGAGAGGAACGAGAACUCCCGGUUCUCGACUCACAACGAUAUGGAGAUGGGAUCGUCCAAGGCUAAGGGCCAUGUUGAGAGGACAUGAUUUCUUGAAGUUUGGAAGAGAAUCAUGUUGGAAAUGAGACAUUAUAAAUAAGAUUUAGGAUGUAAUCCAGAAAUGUGAUCUGGCUUUGCUAAUUUGUCCAUUUGUGAUCAAGAUUCAAGAGCUAGUUGAAUUGGCGCCUAGUUAGCUUUGUAUUUCUAGGGAUGAACUUUCGAGUUUCGGAUCGAUUUUUGCCUAAAUCGAUACUGAUCUGAUCCGAAAAUCCGAACUGAUCUCAUCCAAAAAUCCAAAAUUUGUAUGUCCUUCAAUAUUUUGAUUUUAUUCGGUUCAA